UAAAGAUCAGCCAGACCUGAAAUAGGAUAUUUUCAUGCACACACGGAAUAUUUCUUCUCCGUUUUAAAAUGGCGAACAUGAUACUAAGUGCUAUAUUUAUCUUCAUUUCAUUUGCGAUUUUCGUUAAUGGCGAUGUCGAUGACAUUACAACUUCCCGCCAUCUCCGACUCAUCCAUGUUGAAAUUGACAUGCUGACGUCACUCCUUACAAAGAAAGAGUUGACAAGGCGACAGCUUCAACUUUGCAUCACUUCCUUGGAGACCCAUGUCAACGACUCGACCAGAAUGAAUCAAAACGAUGAAAUCAACAUCCGGAAGCUGAGAUCUACUUUACAGGAGUUAAAAUUGUUGACAGAGAAGGAAAAGGAACUUUAUCAGAAUGUCAUUGAUAAAAUGAGAGCAUUGUUUCCGGAUAGAGUGUUGAUCCGCGGUCCGGGUAAUACGGCAGAAAUGUUGAGGGAACUGGAAAAUAUUCUAAGUCGUUUUACUGACGUAUUUGCUGAGCCGGAGAUGGACCACGUACCUACAGAAUGUGGACCAACUCCAUGCUUCGAGCCAGUUUCUCCGAUGCCACAACUAGUUAAUACAAUUAACCUGUGCGACAAUGCCCAGGAAUGUCGACUGGCCUCGUUUGCUGUAACUGAGGAAAACAACAUCCUGGCCCUGAAAGCUUAUGGUGACCAAGUUAUUCUCCACUCUGGUCAAGACGGCGCCGUGAUUCAAAGAUACAACUUUGAAUUUGAGCUUGAAGGGAUGGCGUACAAAGACCAAGGAACAUUUUUCGUGGAUCAUUCGCCUCGUAAUGAUCGGCUGAUUUACAAAUACAAUACAUCAUCCGGGCAACUAACCGAGCUGAUGGAAAUUUCCAACGGAUUUUCUUCAUACGGAAUGGAAGUUCUGGACGGGAUGCUGUUUAUUGGAGGAAAAUAUGGACGUGGGAUGCACGUGUAUUUACUAGAUCAGUCACGUGUUGUUGAAAUUUACACUUACAUCACAAACUAUGACCAGUAUCACAGUGUUUAUCUGUGCGCCUCGGAACUUGGCUCAAAAUAUGGACUGUUUACGGGACGAAUUGUCCGAAAUGAAAUGGUUUUGAUUACAUCGGCUGGAGAAAGAAUAUGUUCUAUAAAACAACGCUAUGAGUACCAGUCCAUACCGUGUGGAGUUGUGAGCAGGGACGGCACAUUCUUCAUUCCCGGACACAACUCGGUCAUUCGGUACAACAACAGGUGCGAGCCAACCGGAAUGUUUUCUGUUCCAGAUGCGGGAUAUAUCGCAGGACUGGACAAACAAAACGAUUUCCUGUACGUAAACAAACAAAAUGGCCAGAUUGCCGUUUAUCAAAUUUGAGUUAUGGAACGUGUCAAGUUGUUUUCAGUGAGAGAAACAUACCACCAAACAUAUUACUUGGUAUCCAAUAAAAACUAUUUAACUAAAAAAAAAAAACAGCUAUAUAGACAGAAACAGCGGCAUCGGGAAUGGAGCUACUUCCCCUUACAUCGCAAAUGGCCGCAUGCUACAAUUGAUUUCACCCUUUGUGUAACCAAAAAAAAUGAAUUAAAAUAUUUUGCAAACUU